AUGUGUGCCAAAAAAGGAUCCAAUGAGAAAACGACUAGAAGCGAGAAACAAGUCCAUGUCCUUCAGCUCAAACCGGAUUCUAUUACUGCUACUAAAAAAUCUGUGAAGCAACAGGCGAAAAGCUCAAAAAAAGCUGUAAUGCCGAAACUAGAAAAGAAGAAUCCACCGACGGUUGUUGUCGUAGCCAACCCGGAUGGACAUAAAUCAAUCGAAGAAGCGGUUGCCGAAGGUCUUAUUCUCGACCCAGCUCCGUUUAAGAUUGAAGGAAAUCUUGAUGCGCGACCUCCGAAACAUCCAAAGUUUGGAGACGAGCUUCAGCGUAUAAUCGAGAAUCCGCACUCGAGUUCCAGUGAAACUUCCGUCUCCAGCUGUAGCGAUGAGUGUAACGAGAGAAAGCGGGUUGUUGUUCAUCCAUCCCAGUGUAAAGUUUUCGAGACCACCAAUCUAAGAAGUAGAGAGGAGAACGGUGUGAAGAGACGCAGAGAAAGAGAAGGUUGGAGAGAGAGAAAGGAGGCCUCGGCCCCUUCUUCCUCUCCGUUCUUUUCGCCUCUCUCGUGUAUGCAUUCAGCAGUCAGUCAGUCUGCAUCUAUCCAUACUUACCACCACAACCAACCAACCAGCCAAUAG